UGGAGAGAAGGACCGAGCAGGGCAGUCACCUGUGGGACGUGUAAGAAAUCCUGAGAUUACAGCAAACUAUCACAACGUUCUGGACUGUCUGUAUAGCAUACAUAUGCUUUUAUUUUUUAUAGUUGCUAAUGUGUCGUUAAUUUAGAUAAGCAUUUACUCGCGUGCAUCCGUUAAUUGCGAUCUACAUCGAACGGUUAAUCCUAUUUGAUAACGCUCCCAGCGCACGGGACUGGAGCGACAAAAGUGUAUUUUUCAGGCCUGAAGAUAUUGCUGUUAUUGAGAUAUUCCUCAAUGAGCGACACAGAGAAUUCCAACACGGAUUCCAAAUUGGAAUCUGUUAUACAGAGGCUGGAGGAGAGUGUGUUGUCUGAAGAGAAGAGGCUGACAGUCCGAGGCACCUCCCCUGAAGACCCACCUACGUGUUUACCUGCACGAGUCCGAGAGAUCGUUACCAAGAACCUCAACGAGAGCCCACCAGGAGCCAUGUCCUCCGUGAUGUCUGUCCAAGAGGAGAACCGGGUGCUGCAGGUAGAGCUGGGAAGGCUGGAGGAUCUGCUGGCCCAUAGCAGGGCAGACCGAGAUGAGCUGGCUAUCAAAUACAGCGCCAUCAGCGAGAGGCUAGAGCAGGCUCUCCGCCUGGAGACAGGUGACGGGGAGCGGGAUUCACCAGAGUCUCGCAGCCAGGCUCAGCAGAACAUGGACCUGCGCCGGCGUCUGGACGAGGAACAGGCAGCCUACAAGCGUAAACUCACAGCCUACCAGGAGGGCCAGCAAAGACAGGCUCAGCUGGUGCAGAAACUGCAGGCCAAGGUCCUGCAGUACAAGAAGAGGUGUGGAGACCUGGAGCAGACUCUAGUGGAGAAGUCCUCGGAGCUGGAGCAGCACAGACUGAGUGGUCGUUGUGAUAUGUCCAGCAACAGCCACCAUCGAGACGAGGAGGAUCCAUGCGGCGACCUGGAAAAUGCUCUCAUCCGGUUGGAGGAGGAGCAGCAAAGGAGCAGCAGUCUGUCUGCAGUGAACGCCAUGCUGAGAGAGCAGUUGGAGCAGGCAGGACUGGCCAAUGAGGCACUCAGCCAGGACAUACGCCGACUCACUGCUGAUUGGUCCAAAUCCAGGGAGGAGCUGGAGCAGAGGGAGUCUGAUUGGAGGAGGGAGGAGGAAUCUUUCCACAGUUAUUUCAGCAGUGAGCACAGUCGUCUGCUAUCCGUGUGGCGACAGGUGGUGGGCUUCCGUAGACAGGUCUGUGAGCUGAAGAGCGCCACAGAGAGGGACCUGUCAGACAUGCGUAACGAGCUGGCCCGGGCCUCCCACUCUGUCCAGUCAUCCUGCUCCGGCCUGUCCUCCAUGCUGCGCAGCCGGGAGGGAGGGGCGGCUCUGUCCCUGGAGCGGGAGGUGGCACUGCGGGGGCAGCUGGAACUGCAGCUCAGAGAACGGGUGGCUGAAAUGAUGAGCCUGCAGACCAGGACUGACGCUGAAAGGGCUGAGCUCAACGCCAGGCUGUCAGAUGCAGUGCGAGAGGUGGAGAGGCUGAAGAGCCAGAGUGAGGAGAAAGACAGGGACGUGGCCUCACUGACCAGGAGACUGGAGGAGCAGAGUGGCAACGAUGAGACAGACAUGCAGGUGAUGAGGGCUCAUACUGAAACACUACUGGACACACUGAGAGACAUUGCCCAGACUGUCCUGUCCGAUGGGGACUCGUCAUCAGAAGCAGACCAGGAGAACACUGGGGCUCCUCUAUUGGCUCUUCUCCGUGGCUCCUCCCCUCACCGCUCCUCAUCACCAUGGGGAUCCACCUCUCCCAGGCGUUACUCCUCGUUGGCCACCGUCCCAGAGGCCAGCCUGUCAGCUCUGCGGUCUGCUGUCAACAGCAGACAUCUCCAGCUGCAGGAGGUCCGAGGGCGUCUCUCCUCUGCCCAGUCAUCAGUACAAUUGCUGCGCAGGCAGCUAGCAGAGGUGGAAGCAGCCAAGCGGGAGGCGGAACAGCGCAGUCAGACCCUGCAUGGAGAGAGGGAUGGAGUUCAGAGAGAGAAGGACACCACACAGAGAGAGAGAGACCGUCUGAAACAAGACAGGGACACACUGGCUAGUGAGAAGGUGGCUGUGGAGAAGGCAGCCCAGGCAGCUCUGAUCAAGGCCCAGAUUCUGCAGAUGGACUGUGAGAAGCUGCAGCAGGCCGUGACGUCGGCCCAGAGAGAGAGGGAUCACGAGAGAGAGGAGAAGGUGGACGCGCUGCAGGAGAGAGACCGGGCCAAGGCAGAGACCGACAGAGUUCAGAAGCAGUGGGAGCAGAGUGAGAGCCGGGCGUCUGUCCAGAGAGGGGAGCUGUCUACAGUAAGAGAGACUCACCACCAGGCAGAGGUGGAGAGGCAGCUGCUGGAAGGAGAGAAGACCCAGCUCACUGAGGCGUUGGCCCGGGCUGAGAGCAGCAAUGCAGAGCUCUCUCUGCUGGUCAACAAGCUUCACUCUGAGGAGGCUGCCCUCCGAGACUCUCUGGCCAAGAUGGGCAGCAUGAAUGAGGGCCUGGCCCAAGACAAGUCUGACCUCAACUCCAUCAUCAGCCAGCUUGAAGAGGAGAAGGCCUACCUGCAGGCCCAGAAACAUGAAGCGGAGCAGGAGAAGAUGACCAUCAGAGAUGAGCUCGUCCGAUUGGAACAGGACAGGCUAGAGUUGGACUCCGCCCGCCUCGCCCUCCACCAGUCCUUGCAGGAUUCUGAGCUGAGCAGGGUGGGGAUGGAGGCGGAGCUUCAGAGCCUCAGGGCCGAUAGAGUGAAGCUGCAGGACAAAGUCACUCAGCUGUGUGGUGAGGUGAGCUCUCUGGGGGCAGAAUUGGGCAUGGCCCGCGGUGAGGAACAGAGACAGGGCGUUGCUCUGGAGGAAGUAGGGCGGGGCCGGGCGGAGCUGGUCAGGGAGAGGGCGGGGCUGGUGGUCCAGCUGACUGCAUCGGAGAGAGAGAACGCUACACUAACAGAGGAGUUGGCCGCAUUCAGGUCAGAGCGGGAGGCCUUGGAGACCAGCCUGUUUGAGGUGCAGCAGCAGCUGGUUCAGAUAGAGUUUCGCAGAGAGCAGCUAGAAGCAGAGAACCAGAGCCUGCGGCUACUCAGGGAGACCACCACCGCGGAGCUGAGGCGUGUGCGCGCGGAUGGGGAGAAUGGGCUGGCGCAGUGUGAGAGGGAGAGAGAGGCUUUGAGCCAGGCCCUGACUACCACCCAGCAGCAGUCCCAGCAGGCCCUCCACACCGCCAUCACUGACCACCAGGAGGAGGCAGAGAGACUGACCGCUGAAAAGGAGGCCCUGCGUCGCAGUUUGGAGUUUGAACAGGAGGGGGCACUGCGACAGGUCAGACAGGAGGCAGAAGAGCAGCUCCUCAGAGCCGAGAGAGACCGGGAGGACCUGAAAGAUGAAGUGAGGAGUCUGCAGCACGACCGAGACCAGAGUCUGCUACAGGCAGAGACAGAGAAACAACAGAUGUUGUCCCAGAAGGAGGCAGAGAAGGCAGUGCUGUCUGAGAGAGUGUCCAUCCUGCAGGCAGAGCUGGGUACUGCAGCCCUGGAGCUGGACAGACUGGCCAGAGAGGCAGCACAUUACAAAGACCAGGAGAGGGCCACAGUGGGAGCUCUGACCAGUGAGUUACUGGAGCUUCGCUCUCAGCUGGAGGAGGCUGGCAGUGUUCAUGAGCGGGAGCUGCACCGGUUGCAGGAGAACAGCUCUGACCUGCAGACACACACUGAUGCUGCCCUCAAAGAGCUGGAGGAGUGCAGAGCUUCUCUCUCAGCCAGUGAGGAGAGCCGAGACCAGGUGAGGCGGGACAUGCUGGAGAUGGACAGGCGCCUCAACCAAACCCGUGACACCGGGGAAGGGUACAGAAGGGAUGGGGUAGAGCUACGGCGCACCCUCACUGAUGUCACCAAGGAGAGAGACACUCUCAGCCUAUCAAAUACUCAGCUGAGGGAGACUCUGAGAAGUGCAGAGACUGAGAGAAUCAGUGUGAAGCGUCAGUGUGAGGAGAAGGAGCAGCGGCUGGCUGUUCUGGAGGAGAGCCUGUCAUCUGCACAGAGAGAGGUGACGGAGCUCCGCAGCUGUCUGAGAGAGGUGGAGAGGUCACGGCUGGAGGCCCGGAGAGAGCUGCAGGAGCUACGCAGACAGGUGAAAGUACUGGAUGGAGAGAAGGAACAGAAAGGGAGGGAGGUGGCUGAGUUGCAGACACGUCUCUCCCUGGAGGAGCAGAGAGAGGAGGAGAGAGGGCGGGAGAUCUUCUCUCUCAAACAGAAGCUGGCCGAGGCUGACACAGCCAGGACUUCCUUCAAGAAAGAGCUGUCCAUCUUCCAGAGGCGUCUGACAGAGUCAGAGUCAGGCUGGCGGGGAUGCGAGAGGGAGCUGACGGCCCAGCUUCAGGAUGCCCGGGGCUGUGAGAAGAAGCUCCAGGAUGAGGCCAGGAACCUGUCCCUGCGGGCCCAGACAGCCCUGGACUCCCUCACUCAAUCCAGCCUGCAGCUCAGCGAGGCCCAGGGCCGCCUGGCUGCCACCGAGGUAGAGCUGGCCCGGGCCGAGGCCGGACGCAGGGAACUAGAGUUCCGCCUGGGCAGCUUGCAGUCGGCACUGACCCGUACGCUGGGUAUUGGGGCAGGGGGCCGGAGAAGUGCCAGUGGGGGCAGGGGCAGGAGCCCCAGAGGGAGCCCCCCAGCAGCAUCCUACAGCAGCAUUACACGUCCCCGCAGCCUCUCGCCUCUACGCUGCUCACUUUCACCCCCAAAAGAUUUUGGAGGCUCGACCCCUGACAACACGUUGGGCUGCUCAAGGCCUAUCUCCCCAGAGCAGGGUGACACCCCCCUCCCCAUGCCCCUGCCUGAGCUGGACCCUGAGACGCUGCGCUGCGGCCUCAGAGACUUCCUCCAGGAGCUCCGAGAAGCUCAGAGAGACCGGGACGAGGCUCGCUGCCAGUUGGGGGCGCUACAGAGAGAGUUGGAGGAGGUGACAGGGGAGAGAGACUCUGCCCAGAACCGCCUCUCUCAGCUACACAACACACUGCAGGAGUGCCAGGAGGGUAAGCGUGGUGUUGACGGGCGUCUGAGCUCCACCCAGGCCAUGCUCCAGCAGCAGGAGGAGACGGCAAGGAGGGGAGAGAGGGAGAGGAGAACCCUCACUGACAGAGUCAAGGAACUGGAGAGAGCCCUGCAGACUGUCGAGACAGAGAAAAAACACACACAGGACCAGUUGAGUAAGCAGCGUGCGGGCGAGGUGCGUCUGGAGGCUGAGCGGAGGCGUCUGCGGGAGGCCCUGGAGGUUGCCGAGGCCCGGGGGACCAGGGUGGAGCUGGGGAGACGCAGCCUGGAAGGGGAGCUGCAGAGACUCAAACUGAGCCUGGGGGACAGGGAGGCCGAGAACCAGGCCACCCAGGAGCGCCAUGAUGCACUAGUCAAACAGGUGGCGGAGGGGGAGAGCUGUGUGGCAUCGCUCCAGAGAGAGGUGGACAGGCUGAGCCAGGCUUUGUCUAAAGCCCAGGAGGGAGAGGUCUGUCUCAGAGAGAAGAACCAGAGCCUUUCCCAGAGCCUCCAGGAGGCCACCGUUGCCCACAGCACCACCCAGGGACGCCUUGUCGCACUGCAGAAGACCCUGGGGCUGGCCGAGCAGGACCGCAGGCAUCUACAGGAGCGAGUGGAUGGAGCGCGGGCGUCCCUGACGGACGGGAAGAGAGGCAUGACGGCCCUCACUGAGCGCGUCCAGAGCCUACAGACUGAGCUGACUCAGAGCGACCUGAGACGAGGAGAGCUGGAGGCAGAGCUGGCUCACACACAGGAGGCCCUGCGUCAGCGGUCUGCCAGUCUGACAGAAGCCCAGCGCAGUGCCCAGUCUGCCCAGACAGAGAGGGUGUCUGCAGAGGAAAGGCUGCGCGGGCUGCAGAGGGCCGUGGCCGUGCUGGAGACAGAGAAGAAGGAUGCAGAGAGACAGGCCGUCCGCCUGGAGAAGGACAAAAACGCACUGAGAAAUACACUGGACAAGGUGGAGCGUCAGAAGCUAAAGACGGAGGAGGGCAGCAUGCGUCUGUCUGCAGAGAAAGGUCGUCUGGAUCGCUCCCUCACCACCGCAGAGCAGGAACUGCAGGACGCACAGAGACAGAUAGCACUGUUACAGGAGGAGUUGGUGGAUGUAAGAAAGAAGAUCACUUUGUCUAUGGCCCAGCUGGCUGAGAUGGAGCAGUCCCACAAUGUGAGUGAGAGCUCUGUGAGGCAGCGUGACGAAGUGAUGCGUGAGGCGGAGAGGCUGAGGGUCACCCAGAGGGAGGCAGAGAGGACCCUGGCAGCCAGGGAGAGAGCCCACCGCCACCGGGUCAAAGGGCUGGAGGACCAGGUGUCCACUCUGAAGGAGCAGCUGCAGCAGGAGAUGAGGCGGAGGCAGCCAUCUCUACCCACCUCCCUGAUGUCUGGGGGGAACUGAGCACUGAGCAGUUCACCUGUGUCCCUCCAUGGGUACUAAAGCCCACGAACAGCUCCCAAGAACCAAUAUCCAAUCAUCAUCUCCUAUGAUUUGACACACGCCUCUCCUACUCAGGGAGAAAGUCAGCGGCACCACGGGAGGAGACUGUGGAUGAUAGAAGUGUCAUCCGGUACAACAGAGGAGGAAUGAGAUCCUCAGCUGCCAGUAUACAGUUGGCCUUGAUUCCCUCCCACACACACCAGCAGAACAGAAUACAAAGGGAGAACCGAGUCUGAGUCACUGUUUUGAGCACUAGGCAACAAAUUGAUCGGCCAUAUGAAGGAACUACUGUACUGUCCAUCUUGCUAGUAUCUGGUUGAGAUUGAACCAACUAUUUUGUCUGGACCAAUAGACACUAUUAUAUGUAGAGCACACGAUGUGAGUAUUUAUGUGCUGUAUGUAUAUCAGUUUGUGAUAUACAAACGCACAGGAUCUAUCAUGGUCCACACACACCAAGUCGUGGAGAGGGCACGACAACACGUCUUCCCCUCAGGAGGCUGAAAAAAUGUGGCUUGGGCCCUCGGAUCCUCAGAAAGUUGUACAGCUGAGCCAUUGAGAGAAUCUUGACUGGCUGCAUCACCGCUCGGUAUGGACACUGCUUGGCAUCUGACCACAAGGCGAUACAGAGAGCAGUGUGGAUCGCCCAGUAAAUCACUGGGGCUGAGAUCCCUGCUAUCCAGGAUCUCUAUACCAGGCAGUUUCAGAGGAAGGACACAAAGAAUUGUCAAACAAUUCAGUCACCCAAGUCAUAGACUGUUCUCUCUGCUACCGCACCGCAAGCAGUACCGAUGCACAAAGUCUGGAACCAACGGGACCCUGAACAGAUUCUACCCCCAAGCCAUAAGACUGUUAAAUAUUUAUGUGCUGUAUGUAUAUCAGUUUGUGAAUUUAGAUUGAUAUACUUGUAACUAACUAGGAAUAGCACAUAUCGAGGUACAUUUAUGAUAACUAUCAGGAUGAUGUUUAGGGGAUGGAUACACAUGCAUCAAUCAUGUUUGUAAGGGAAUUGAAAUGAAUGUUGAUAAAGAAUCUUUGACAACA